AACGAAUUCUGAGGGUAACCUUAAACAAGACUCAGGACAUGAUAAUACUUCCGCACCUGAUAUAUCUGUUAAUGAUUCAAAUUCUGAUGAACAUCAAGAAGAAACUUCGUCUCGAGUCUCCAAUUCAUCUUCGACUGAAUUAUCUAUAUGCCGGAAGCCUAAAUCAUUAGAAGAUAAGGAAAUGGAUAAUUUUCUGGCUGAAAGACAUAAUAAACGGAUUAGUAAUGAGAUUAGAGAAAGAAACCGGGAAAAGAAGCCUCAACAUGAGUCACCUACUGAAAGUUCUCCAAAAGAGAACACUUACAUGUCUAAUAACGGAGUUAGUGCUAAAGCACAUAUUAAAUCUAAUAUCUCUCCAGAGCAGGAAAAAGAGCAAGGUCUAAUACAAGAGAUAUCAAUUUCCAUUAAUCAGAAACAAGCAACCGAAACUUCAGCGAACAAUUCGCCAAAAAUGUUCGCCAAAAAUCAUGUGUCCAAAAAUUUAAUUCAGGAAAGUAGUGGGAAAGAAUUUGAUAACCAGGUUAAAAAUCUUACGAAAUCCGAUCAUAUUGGCGAGAAAAAGGCGAAAGGACAAAUUUAUGAUUUUAUUAUUGCACAACUAAAUACCAAACGUAAAAAGUUACAAAAGCAAACCCAAAAGGCUAGAAAGGUUUAUAAUCUAUUCGAAAAAAUAGGGAUAGAUAAGAUUCAGCAUAUCAAAACCUUUAGUGCGGAUGCUAUUUCAAGAUUUACUAAUUUACAAAUUCAAACAGUCAUUGAUCAUUUCGCUAAAAUGCCUGAUAUAGAAUUCACCGAUGAUCAGGACAAUUCUUCAGAUGAUUUACCCGAAGCUGAGGUAAGUGAUACAAAAGCCAAUGAUAAUAAACCACAAUCUUUAAUUACUGCUUUAUCCGACGAUGAGCCAGAAAAUUUCUCCGAUGACGAUGAAUUCACCAAUGAUAACGAAGAAGAUGGGAGUUUCUGUGGUUUUUCUGAUGACGAUGAUGAAGACGACCUCCCUUCUUCGGCAUGUAAGUUCAAAAUACGAGAUAUGGAGGCACUGAGAGUGAACUUCCUUGGAGCUUCAUCCAAGAACGAUGUUAUACCCAAUGUUCAAGUCGUCAACUUUCCGGACGAGUACGUUCUCCCUGAUAUCAAUGGUGAAUUGCUUGUGAAUCCAAACUUAAAUGUUGUAAAUAUUAACGGACUUACGGAUGAAGUUCGAACGUUCGUUGUGAAAUUGCAUGAGGUCGCGCUGAAUGGUCUUCAGGUGAUAGGCACAGACGAAACUUUUACUGAUACACUUGUGGAUGAUCUACUUCGUAUCGCUAAGCUGAAUAACUUCCCCUUAAGGAUCAGAAAUCACCCGCUAUGUAAACUAUAUAUUGAAGACGAGCCCUACGUGUCCUCAGACCCCGAGUUUGUGGUAAAAAUGCAAAAAAUUUCUGUUCUUGUGGUAGAGGACAAACACCUGAAAAAUGUCGGAUAUGCUACUGAUUUUGGGGAAUCACAGAUCGCUGUGGAGAUUCUUUCUUGUGGUAGUGAGAAUAUACGAUCCCUUGGGGAAGCGAGACCUAGAGAUCAGACAAUAUGGGCCAUUCGUGUAAUCUCUACAUAUGUUACUUUUUAUAAAGCUACGAUUACUGCAACGUAUUGGAUGGAACUUGCAAACGGCCUACCGAAAGAAGAGUCAGUUAAGGUUCAAAGAUGGCCAGCUGAGAAUGGUUUGACGACUGGUUUCGAUCUUGCUAAACCAGGAGGAAGACGUUCAGUUUUGAUAGCGUUAGCCAAAAUUCUUAAUAUGACAUUGUUACCACAUGGGUCCACACCCAAGUCAGAAAGACAAAAGGAAGCCAGUUCAACCGUAGAUUCAGAAUAG